AUGUCUUCCACGAGAAACACCACCACUUAUCUGCCGCGCCUGAACAGUGUAAACACAGCCCACACCUUCGAUGACAUUCUCCCACCAGAGAGGAUGACGACGUGGGAAGACUUGGACGCCAAAAAGAAGGAAAAAUUGUCCCACAAGGUCAAAUCCAAGGUGGGGAGUACCGCAAAGUCCGCUUUAGCCAAGACCAAGGAGAAAUUGGCGGAGGGCAAGGCGAAAAAAGAAGCCAAGAAGGCGGAGAAGGAGGAGGGGCAGAAGACAAGGAUCGAUUCCGUAGUGGAUUAA